AGUCGUCCAGAUAUCCGCAGGGCCUCUGAAGAGAAAAAAGAGAAAGAAAAAGGCACGAGCGAACACGGUGGGCUGUGUGGUCCUGCUCGGCGGUGCUGGUGCCGGUGGCCAUGGGACGUGGGGACUUGGCUCCGGGUUCCCUGUGAGCAGCGGGACUUCAGCAGAGUCUCCCCCUCAGCCGAGCCGUCUGUCGUCCAGGGGAAGCGGGCAGCUGGACCGGGAGGACGGGCCCUGCUGCCGGUGACCCGGUCGCCCCAGCAUGUUGGCCCUCGGGACGCUGGUUCUGCUGGUUAUGCUGGUUCUGCUGGGACUGAGCUGCACAGGUCACGCGGUGCCUGGAGAUCCAUGGCAACAGUGUCCAGGGAACCGAAAGUGCAAGGACAAGUUUGGAGACGGGUCAUGUGACAAGGAGUGCCUGGAGUCCAAGUGUCUCCGAGACGGCUUCGACUGCCUGAAGGAGAGGGUCCACUGCAAUCCGGGCCACACCGACUACUGCCGCGCGUACUACGCGAGCGGCCGUUGCGACCAGGGCUGCAACAACGCGGCCUGCGGCUGGGACGGCAGCGACUGCUUCCGCCACCUGCCCCCCCAGUGGGCCCGGGGAACCCUGCUGCUGCACACCAGAGUCCCGAGGCUGAACGACAGCGUGGCCGUCCGGCGGCAGCUCUGGAGCCUCAGCGCACUGCUGCAGUCGCCGCUCAAGCUGCGGGGUUCGGCGCCGCUGGCCGCCAGCAAGAACCUGCUGGACAUCGACCCGGAGGAGCUGGAGGAGAUGCUGACGCGCGCGUCCCCGGCUGAGUCUGAUGGCUCCCUCUUGUUCCUCCAAGUGGACAACAGGCCGUGCUCCCGCUCGCCCGCUACCUGCUUCCCCUGCGCGACCGAGGCCGCCAGCCUCUUACGCGCCGUGACGCUGCUGAAGCCGCACACGUUCCCCGCCCUGCCGGAGCUGAAGGCCAUCAUCAAUAUUCGAGGUGUUCAAGAGGAAAUAGGAAGCAGAGAGGAGGAAGUGGAAGUGAAAGAGCCGACUCCUGCGUGGCUUUGGGCUGUGGUUGCCAUAGCGAUCGGCCUGCUGCUCGUCCUGCCCCUGGCGGUGUUUCUGGUGAUGAGGAGGGUGAGGCAGCGGCGAGCGGAGAGAGACAGCAGCGUCAGGGUGCGACGCCGCUCUAAAAUCACUGAGGACGAUGACGGCAAGGCCCGGAGCUGGAUGCAGCACACGGCGCGCCAGGAGCAGCGCCUCCGCCCCAGCAGAGACAAAGACAAGACGAGCCUGAAGAAGAAGAAAAAGGCAAAGGAGGCAGAGAAGAAGAGAAGGAGGGAACCACUUGGGGAGGAUGCUAUUCGAAUGCGGCCUCUCAAGCGGGAUCUCAACCAGGAUGUAGGAAGUGACACAGAUUUCACCCAGAGUUCAAUGGAAGAUGUGAGGUGCUCCAGGCGACAGGAAGACGCCUCCAUCUGUGACCACCGGAGCCCCGAGCAGAGGAACUUUCGGCCUGGAGCCUCUCACCCCCGCAGGGCAAUGCAACCUCCACCUAGAGGAUGGGAGAGGAACGCCAUGCCUCCUCCUCUGCUCAGCCCUCCUCAGCAGUCUGCGGAGUGGUGCGGUCCGGACGGCUCCGUGGUCCUGAUCCGAGCCGUGCGCAGCGGACUGGACCGAGUGGUCCUGGAGCUGCUGCAGGCCGGAGUCCCAGUCAACAACACAGAUCAUACUGGGAGAUCCGCCCUGCACUGGGCAUGCUCAGUAAACCACCACUCCCUCGCCAGGACCUUGAUCCGCUACGGAGCCGCUGUGGACCUGCAGGACAACAAGGGCGAGACGGCGCUCUUCCUCUCUGCCCUCCACGGUUGCUAUGACACCGCCAGGCUCCUGCUUCUCCACGGUGCCAACCUGGAGCUGCACGACCGGCGGGGGCGCCGGCCCAUCGACGUGGCGCGGGAGGCCAUGCACCACCAGGUGCUGGAGCUGCUCCUGGCCCACCAGAUCCAGCGGGGGCCGGUCCCUGUGGACCCGGCCAGCGACAUGAUGUGGGACGAGCGCGUGAUGAUGUACGCGCCGUGGGUGGGAUCGCAAGGCCUGCCCGGACGAAGCGCCUCCUUCUCCGGCAUCGUCGGCCAUCGAGAUAUGACCCCCCCACCACAAAAUGAUUGGUCGAUGGGCCGGGUGCAGUACCCCGCCCCGCAGAACUGGCGCCCGCAGCUCCACCAAUCGGCAACGGCGCUCGUCCCUCCGAGGAUCAUGGGCCGCUCUCCUCGGCCCAUCAGCACCUUACAAGAGGUGACCUCGGAGGACGAGGACCGCGACCGGCACCACGAGGCCCCCAGGGCCACCACGCCUCACUUCCUGUCGCCCCAGCCCGCCCCGAGACAGCGCUCCUUUUCCUGCACCCAGCAUGCUUUGCAGCGCCGAGCCAGCGGACACCAGCCGGAGCCCAACUAUCUCAUCGUAACGGACAGAACAGCCAUGGAGCCCCCUGAACGGGCGGCCGUGUCGCCCCCCGCAGCCGCCACCGCCAUCGCCCCACCUGACCGGCAGCCGGUCGUCAACGGCAACCCCAGCAGAGCAGAACAGGCAGCGGCGAGCUCGGCCAACGCCGAGCAGAAGUCCAGGAGCGAGAGGCCUCACAGCGCCGCCAACACCACGCAAACAGCCUUGUAGGGAAGAGACACAGGUGGCAGGAUUCCUGUGGCCUCUCCUUCACCCAGACACGUCAGGAACGAAGAAGAGGACUCACAAAGAAGAUACAUGAGACUGGACUGGAGGCUCAUUAGUUUCUGCUUCCACCUGACAGAUUUCCUCUUUUUGGUGACAUGUUUCUUGCUUCCCUGCUUCUCCAUCUCCAUUUUCAGUCCUAUGAAGGGGUUUAUAUUUUUGUACAUUUUUCUUCACCUCGGCAGCAUCCAGCCUCACAUCUUGCAUGCCCACAGCUUGGGUUAUUUCCACAGUGGGACUUCUUCACAGUAAACUGAACUUUCCUACUUUUUGAGGGGAUUUUGUUUUGUAUUUUAUUUAUAUUAUAGUCUAAGUGUUUACUAUUAUGCCGUUAUGCAAUCUACAGUCGUGUGAUGAGAGAGUCUACAUUCUUUCAGCUGUAAAGUUUUAUGUACUAUGACAAAAUGUUAAAAGAUCUGGUUCCAGCAGAGCUUCAUUUGUAGUAAAUAAAACCUCGGAUGAAUAAAUUAUCCUGAAAUGAGUUUGUUUAUAAAAACUAAUCCAAGAUGUUCUUUCCGUUUACUGUUGUGGAGUAAACACAAUGCUCUAGCAGAAAGACAUCAGUGAUGAUCAUAGAGGAGCCAUUGCUGCUGCUGAGCAACAGGUUUUUGACCGGGAAUUGUUCAUGUUUUAUAAACACAUUUUGCAUGGAGAGACAUUGUUUUUAAAUGUAUUAAUAGCAAUGUUGAAUAUUGUUACACGGUUUAAAAAAUGUUUGUUUUUUCAGGGAGAGGGGGGUAAAAUUUUACAAUAAAUGAAAGGAGGUUA